AUGUGCCUAUUGCAGUUUCCCCGAUCCUUUUUCCGGGUUUUCAGCUCGGCCUUCCGGGGAAGGAGAGCUCCCGGAGGUUGGAGGGUGCAGAGAGUCAGCAGGGGCGUGGCCUCGGUGAAGGGCGUGGGCGUGGCUUCAAGAGAGUGGGGCGGGACCUCGGCUGAGUGGGCCCGCUGGGCCGGGCCGGGCCGGGCCGGGCUGGGGCGGGGCAGGGAAGCAGCCGCGCGGGGUUACGAGGCGCCAAGCUCCUCUCCCACCGCUGGGUGGUCAACUAGCGCGGGUCUGGCGGAGCGCGGUGGCGCGCGGAAACCGCGAGGCGACCGGGAGCGGCUGGGUCCCCGGCGGCGCGCCCCUCGGCCGGGCCGGGAGCCGCGCCAGUCGGUGCCCCCGGCCGAGCGCGGUCCGCCUCCCUCUCAGCGAUCAUCCGUCCGGAGUGUGGCCCGCGGGCAUGCCGGAUCCACCAGGGGCGCCGCCACCGGCGCUCGCAGGCCGCGGGUGAAGAAAGUGCGGACUCGCUCGGCCCGGAGCGAAGAGGUGACCCGGUGCGAAGAGGUGGCCCGGAGCGAAGAGGUGGCCCGGAGCGAAGAGGGGGCUGGGAGUGAAGAGGUGGCCGGGAGCGAAGAGGUGGCCGGGAGCGAGGAAAUGGCGACAGGCGGCCUCAGCGUGACCGUCACCCACAGCAAUGAGAAGCAUGAUCUUCACGUUAUCCCGCAACAGGGCUGGAGUGAGCCAAUUGUCCAAGACCUGGCCCAGGUUGUUGAGGAGGCCACAGGGGUUCCACUGCCUUUUCAGAAACUUAUAUUUAAGGGAAAAUCUCUGAAGGAAAUGGAGAAGCCAUUGUCAGCACUUGGAAUACAAAAUGGUUGCCGAGUCAUGUUAAUUGGGAAGAAGAACAGUCCAGAGGAAGAGGUUGAACUAAAGAAGUUGAAAGAUUUGGAGAAGUCUGUGGAGAAGACAGCUGACCAACUGGAAGAGUUGAAUAAAGAGUUUACUGGAAUCCAGCAGGGCUUUCUGGCCAAGGAUUUGCAAGCUGAAGCUCUCUGCAAACUUGAUAGGAGAGUAAAAGCCACAAUUGAACAAUUUAUGAAGAUCUUGGAAGAGAUUGACACGCUGAUUCUGCCAGAAAAUUUCAAAGACAGUAGACUGAAAAGGAAGGGUUUGGUGAAAAGGGUUCAGGCAUUCCUAGCUGAAUGUGACACCAUGGAACAGAACAUCUGCCAGGAGACAGAGCGGCUACGGUCCACAAACUUAGCUCUUGCCGAGUGAGGUGAGGCAAAGAGAGCAUGUGCUGCCUUGAAGAACAGUGCCACCACUCUGUCCUCUCUGGAAUAGAAGUGACCUGAUUUCUUCAGGGCCGCUGGGGACAAUUGGCCGGUUGCCUGUUUUCUUGCCCCUCUACCUGUUCUCAAUGAACAAGUGUUGUCUGCAAUCUUCA